AUGGAGGAAAAGGUAUAUUUAAAGCACUUUAAAAUUUUUAAUUUUAAAUUAAUUUUGAAUUUCACGCCCUGGGGGCAUAAAACAAAAAUUUUUAUUUUUUAAAAUUUUUUUUAUUUUUUAAAAGUACAAUUUUCGAAAAAACACUCCCUAGAGUUUAAUUUUAGUAUUUUUUCUUUCACCCCUUAGGGACCAAUAUUUCGAAAAUUUUAUUUUAGGCCUGUGAUAAGGGUUAUCGUUAUUGGUCUAUGUUUGGUAAUUAAAUUGUUAUCACAAAAGCCUGUUACGUAAUUUUGGUGAUAAUUUUGUUUUAUGAGUGUUAUGUUACUCAUUGUCCUUGAAUUUUGGGAUUUUUGUUUGCUUAAUGUCAUCGAUAAGGUCAUUUUUUAAUAUUUUUAAAAUUUUUGGGAGUUUUAUUUUAAUUUUUGAAAAAUAAGGUUUUUAUUCAUUUGAUUAUUUAAAAAUGGCACAAUUCACAGUACCGUACUCAGUGUCGUUCAAUUUUUUAUUAUCAGUACUAAAUUUUUUAACUUUUCAAUUUUUAAAAAAAUUUUAACCUUCUCAAAUUUCAGCUACAGAAUUCGCACCUUCGACAGUCCAACCUGUCGAACACGCUCGCCCCCACGGUUCAAGCGCCGUCCGCCGUUCCGUCGGGCUCGUGCGCCGCCGCCGCACAACACAACGCCACGGCCGCGACGGCAUCCGCCACCGCCCAGACGCCACAGCCGGUGAACCCGCCCGCCGCCGUCGCCGCCAACCUGCUCGCGGCCAGCGGCAUCGGGAUCGCGGAGCACCAGCGGCGUCUGGAGCAGAUGCUACAGUUCCGCAAACCCUCCGAACCCAUGGGCAUGGUCGGCGCCAUCCCUCCGCUCAGUAUGUCCGCACUAAAUGGACACUCGGAUCAACCACAAACCUCGGCACAUGCGUUGGGUACGCCCUCGUCUUCGGCCGGCACUCCCGGUGCAGCUGGUACCCCGUCCGCAUCGAAUGGACCUUCGCGGCCAGGAUCGGCGGCUAGACCAGGCUCGACGUGUAGUCAACAAAAACGGUCGAUUUCAAUGGCCGACCACCCCUUCGCUGCCGCCUUGGCCAACGGUGCCACACCUAACAAGCAGAUCAAACUGGAAGAACAAGUGGAAAUGUACCAGAAACAGUUAAUGGCCCAACGACGUGCCCCACCCAACCCCACUGCCACGCCCAACCCACUGUUGCCACAACAACUGCAACAAAUGAACUUCCAACAACUUCUAAGCCAACAAAUGAAUGGUCAGCUAGGGCAUGGCCAAAACGAUAUCCGCUUCGCCAUUCCCCAGCAUGUGGUACCAAUGGGUAUGCAACAACGAGUACCGGCUUCAUCAGCCGCCACCUCGGCUUCGGAACAACAAGCCGUGGCUCACAUUCAGGCCAGUCUAGCCAAUAUUCAUCCACAGUUAAUGCAACGAAUGGGGUUAAUGGGACAAGCUGCUCAGCUGAAACAGCAACAACCUUCACGACCAGCUACUGGGAUGCAGAUCAAACAGGAGAAUGGAGCCUUCCCCAAUGCACCAGACUUUGAGAAGACGUUGAGUCAGGCCGUGAACGCAAUGAAUGCCAUCGACCCUGCCUUGUUGAACAUGACUUGUCAACCGGGAAUGUCAGGCAUGCCUAGCUUGAUGCAGAAUCUCAACCCUAAUGCACUUUCCGAGACUCAGAAAAUGGUAAGCCACUCUUAUUAUUUCUUUGCCAUUUUUGGUCAAAAAAUGAAAAAUAAAAUUUUAUUUAAAAAUUUACACACAUUUCAAUUUUUUAGAUUUUGCAACAACAACAACGUUUGCAGCAGCAACGCCUCCUCCAACAACAACAAAGCCCUCCAAAGCAACUAAACCCUCUGGCUUCUUUAAACAACCCCCUUCAAGCCCACCUCCGACUUCAAGAACAAGUCGUGAAACAAGCGAUGAAUGGCCAAAUCAAGGCAGAAGAACAACGAAAACUCUCGCUAGCCUCACUACAACUCCAAAAGACCCCGGCCGCAACUCCAGCAACAAACCCCGGAACCCCACAGUCGUCGCACACUCCUCAGCGACAACUUGCUUCCAACCCCGGCCCAUCCACGCCAAACCGAUCUCAACCCCAAGCCGAGCCCUCUACCUCGACCGCCGCCACCACCCAAGCCAAUCUUGCCAGUCAGAUCGCGCAUGCCGCCGCCACCGCCGACAAGGCCGCCUUCAAAGACCUGUACAAGAAGCCGGCUGUCUGGAACUUCAUGCACAUGGAUGUGGGCGCGACUUUGAGGACACUGUUCGAGGACGAUCAGACAAUGGACGAUGGGUCGAGGGAAUGCCAAUUUUGUGGCAGUGUUCCUACUGACGAAGAGGCAAAGGAGGAGAAGGAUGAAGAGAACCAGCCUUCGACUUCAGAAGAAGCGAAGUCAGAAGCCAAAGGCGAGAAGGAUUCAACGCCAGCGAGUGCUGGAGGUUCAUUGGUGGCUGGUACUAGCAUGACUAGUCCACAUAAUCAAGGUAAGGAUUAUAGUUUUGAAUACUUAUGAUGCAGGUAUCAAUUUUAUCACUUUUUCAUAAACCAACUUACUUGAAAGAAAACUUUGUUACCUAAAAUUACAAAAAUAUUACCUAAAUUUAAAAAAAUGCCAUUCUCGCCCAUUUUUUGGCCAUAAACCCGACCCAAACCCUAUUUUUGCACGCUACAAAUGUUUUUUUUCGAAAAAAAAUUAAAAGUUCUCAUGCCGUUUCGAAACGUUUUUUGUCCAAAUUUAUGACACUUCACAGGGUCUGCUUUUGGAAAACGUUUUCUCCCCCGCAGGGCCCAUUUUCGACAAAUUUGAAGCCCAAAAAAACCGAAUUGCCCCGCUCUUAAAACUACACGGCCCAUUCAGCCAUGAACACUCAUUUUAGCUGAAAAAACGCGUUUUUUGGCCCGGCGUUUUUUCGAAUUCAUUCGGUUGGGCUAACUUACAAAUUGUUCAUUCAGGCCGAAUACGACGGCACUGCAACAGUAAUAUCGCAAUUUUUUGGAGUAAACGGGGCUUGAAAGUGAUAAAAAUUAUAUUAUAGUAGAUAGACUUUCAUUUUUUAUAUAGCAGGAUGUAAAGUGUCAUUUCCAUUAUAUUGUGUUGCCUAAACUUUUAUUUUCCCUAUAAUAAUUUCCCAUUUUCAGCCCAAAACCGCCUGACCAACUUUGUGCCCUUGUCAUCCGCCACAUCCACCCCCAACACGUCGCAGUCCAACCGCACCCCUCAGCCGGGCCAGCCCUCAGGCCAGACCCCGACCGCCCAACAGCCACCCCAGCUGCAGCCAGAAGUCUCGUUACGUGCCCAAUCAAGUUCAGCACAACAACCCGCUGCCUCGGCUGCUAACCUGAUGAGAGCACCAACGGUCGUCGCCCAACAACAAGCUCAACAACAACGAGCAAACGCUGCUUCCUUGACUCAUCAACAACAACUUCAGAGAAUGAUGGGACUUCCAAUCGGAAUUCAGAAUCAAGCAGAAGCCUUGAGGCAACAACAGCUUUUGGCUGGACUUACCGCAGCCCAACAACAGGACAAACGGCUUGCACAACUUGGCCCAGCCCAACAACGAGCCCAGUUCCCGUUCAGCCAAGCCUUGGCCAAUCAGCAAAACCGCACUCCUCAGCCUGCCCGGGCCUCCACCCAAUCGGCCCAAUCCUCAUCGGCCCAGCCUAACCUACAACAACAUCCAGCGCUAAACGGCCUGACCCCUGAACAAUUGCGACAACAACAAUCGUUGCUAUCUAACCCAAUGCUGCAAGGGCUACUACCAGCCAACGGAAUGGUGACUCCAGAACACAUUACCUUGUUGAAUGCGUUGUCCCAACAACAAAUGCAACAUCAGCAACAACAACAACGUCUGGAGCAGGAGCGACAACGUCAACAACAAGUCGCCGCUCAACAACAAGCCGCCACCAGGCAACAACAGCUUGCCCAACAACAAAGACCUGCCCAAACGCAACAGAAUCUGCAAACUCAGCAGAAUCUACAAGCCCAGCAACAGAACCUUCAAGCUCUGCAACAACAACAAAUGCUACUCGCUGCUGUUGGUGGACAACAACAACAAGGCAACAAUGCCGCGCUGCUACAAGGUCUCAACUUGCAGAACCCCACUGCUCAACUAAUGUUGCAGCAACUGGCUCAGCAUCCUCAAAUCAACCAGCAACAGUUGGCUGGACUAGGAUUGCCGGCCAACAUCAUCGCGGCGUUGCAACAACAAGCUCAAGCCCAACAACAGCAACAACAACCGCAACAGGUUCAGCAGUUGCAACAACAACAGCAGCAACAGAAUCAGGCCCAGCUACAGAUGCAAAUGUUGCAGCAGCAACUCGGACAACGUGCCGGACAACAACAGCCUGCAGCUCAAGCAGGUGGCAACGUUGAUGCUCAGAUAAUCGCUCUAUUGCAGCAACAAAUGCAACAACAACAGCAACAACGUGUAAGUUGGCCGUUUAUGAUGGCGUCGUAUCGAUCUCUGUAGUAGUUUUUGCCCCUUCGUAUCUUGUGCUAUAUGUCGUGUCUUGUAUCUUUAGUUGUGACUAUUGAUUUGUAGUUGGUAUAGCUUGUGUUUUCGGUCGUAUUUUAGUAUAGUUUUUAGCUUUUUGAUCGAAUAUUAGUAUAUUUUUUGUGUAUUUUAGUUAGUUUUUUAAUUAUAAUGUGAACAGUACAGUACCUUGACAAAUUCUACGGGCUAUUUAACGUAUUUCAAGCUGUUUCAGGUAAAUUACUAUCAAAUUUUCGUAAUUUUACGGGGAUUUAUUUCACUCUAAUUGAGUUUUUAAUAAUUUAUAAUUGAUUUUUUUAAUAAUUUUUCAAUUUAAAUUGAUUUUUUAAUAACUUUUGUUAUAAUUUCAACGUUUGACAUCUUUUCACAAAUGACUUCUACAAUAAUAUUCAUACCCAUAACUCUUUCACUCAUUUCAUUUUUGGUGUUGAUUGUUGUAUUUUGUUUCGGCUUUAGUUCGCAAUAAACGUGUUUGAUUUAGUUUUGCUUUUCUCUUUUUUUAAAUUAACAACUACCCCCAGGGCAUUUCGGCUCUUGUGUGUUUUCAAAAACAAUUUUUUAAAUAUUUUAACAUUUUUUUACUUUGUUUAUUAGUUUUUUGUGAUUUGUUUGACCUUUUUUAUCAGUUAUUGGUGUGAGUAAUUUUGAGAAUAACAUAAUAUUGCACUAGAGAUUCCUAAAAAUUUUCGGAUUUUGGCUUGCACAGUGCAAUCAAAGUCGUAAUUAAAUAACUGCACUGUGCCAUAAAUCCGAAAAUUUUUGGAACCAUCUAUGACUAGUACUUAUUAUCUCUAUAUUGUAAAACGUAUUUUACCCAUAUUUAAAUAAAAAAUAAUUUUGAAAAUUCAUUAUUAAAAUUAUAGGCCGAACCAACGGCUUCCACUGCCAAUUCUGCACAGAAUAUGGAAGCGGAAUUGUUGAGACAGCUUCAAGGUGCCAAUCCGGUAAGCGUUUCACCAAAUUUUAGUUUUUAAAAAUUAAAUUUUGAGGUCACAUUUUGAGAUUUUAUAACCACUUUGGGAUCCCACCCAUACCUUAACCAUACCAAUUUUCAGAGCCUAAACCAGUUGAUUCAACUCCAACAACAACAAAAACAAUCUCAGCAACAACAGAGUGCGCAACAACCCGCACAACAACAUCAACCAGCCGCCUCGAACGCGCAACUUCAGCAACAAAACCUGCUGCAAAUGCAGAUGGCUCAACAGCUUCAGAAUCAAGCUCGCCAAAGCGGCAUAAACCUGGGCGGAAACUUUAUGGACGCAGACAUGUUAUUGGCCAGACAAAUGAGCGGCCAAGUCUUACCCACCGACCUCCAGACCUCGAAUCAGGACAGACAACGACUGACCGAGCAACAUCGCCAAUUCCGACAACUUUUGAUGGCGGCCGCGAACACGGCGCCAGACAUUCCGAACAACGGCCAAUUCAAUGCGAUGGCCAUGAAUGGGCAGCGACAGAAUAUGCAGGCACAACAGCUGAAGGCGGCCCAACAACAACAACAACUCAUGGUUAAUGGGCAGCCGAUCAAAAAGACCAGCAAUGCUUACGAUCUGAUGAACGGUCAACGGUGA